AAGUCCAAUUGUCUGCAACAAAACACUACUACUCAUCUCUCUCUCUCUCUCUCGCUUUCUCUCUCCCCCUCUCUCUCUCUCGAUAAAUACACACGUAUCUCUCUAUUCUCUAUCAUUUCCGGUGAUCUCUUCGAAUCCGCACAGUCGGAGCUGUUUCGAAGAUCCUGAGCUUCUAGAACUAUCUAGAAUUUAUCUUCAAGCUCUCGCUUUUAAGUAGCUUUAUUUUGACGCUAUACUCAGCUGAGGAUCCAUAAUUAAUUGAGAUUGCAGUUGUGAAUAUUCUGGAAAAGAUCAUUUCUGCAGAAAGAGAUAAAACUAUAUCUGAUUACUGUGACACAAUGGUGUCUACUGAGUAGCUUCAUGUUCAGUCAGAAAAUAUGCGUUCAUGGUGGGGGAAGUCAUCAUCAAAAGAAGCCAAAAAGAAACCGAGCAAAGAGAGUUUUAUUGACACAUUGCAGCGUAAAUUAAAGUUCCCAUCUGAAGGAAAAUCUAGCAGUCAAAAACAGCGCAGCGAUACAGUUUCAAGAAACCAAUUUUUAUCUCGACCAGUUUCUAGGUCGACCUCGCCUUCCAAACAUGUAGGAAGAUGUCAGAGUUUUGCUGAAAGACCUCAGGCACAACCACUUCCGCUUCCAUGUCAUGCAGGUGUAGCUCGUACAGAAUCCAGUUUGGCCAAACCGAGACAGGGGAAGGGGGCCAAACCAUUACUGUUUCUUCCCCUUCCAAAACCUGGGUGCAUCCAGAACAGGCUAGAUCAUCCUGAGUUUGAUGGAGAUCUGAUGACAGCCUCUGUUUCUAGUGAUUGCUCAGUUGAUAGUGAUGAUCCUGGUGACUCUAGCCAACGUAGUCCCCUGGCAUCAGAUUGUGAUCUUGGGAACGGAACAGCAUCAGGCAGUCCUUCCAGCUUGGUGGUGAAAGAUCAUUUGCCAAUCACGAGAACUAAUUCGAAGGAAGUGCUGAAGCCAGCUAAUCUUUCCUUCAAUAAUCAAUCUCCUAAUUGGAGACCUAUGGGCAGUCAUGUACCAACUCUACAGGGGUCAUAUAAUGGUGCACCAUGUAGUGCCCCAGAUAGCUCAUUGUCAAGUCCAUCUAGAAGUCCGAUGAGAUCAUUUGGCACAGAUCGAGUUGUUAAUUCUGCCUUUUGGGCUGGUAAACCCUAUCCAGAUCUUUCUUUACUUGGAUCUGGUCAAUGCUCUAGCCCAGGUUCUGGUCAGAAUUCCGGCCACAAUUCAAUGGGAGGUGAUAUGAUAGGGCAAUUAUUUUGGCAGCCUAGUAGGGGUAGCCCAGAGUAUUCUCCUCUUCCAAGUCCCAAACUGACAAGCCCUGGUCCUGGCUCAAGAAUUCAUAGUGGUGCUGUCACACCACUUCAUCCAAGAGCAGGAGGGAUGGCCGCGGAACCGAAUAGUGGAAGGUCUGAUGAGGGGAAAAAAAGGUGCCAUCGGUUGCCUCUCCCACCUUUAACAAUUUCCAAUAGUUCACCAUUUUCUCAUUCAAAUUCAGCUGCAACAUCUCCCUCUAUACCGCGAAGUCCAGGAAGAGCAGAAAGUCUGACAAGCCCUGGUUCACGCUGGAAAAAGGGGAAGUUAUUGGGUAGAGGUUCAUUUGGACAUGUUUAUGUCGGUUUUAACAGUGAAAGUGGGGAAAUGUGUGCUAUGAAGGAGGUUACGUUAUUCUCAGAUGACACGAAGUCGAAAGAAAGCGCAAAGCAGUUGGGACAGGAGAUCACUCUACUGAGCCGCUUAAGGCAUCCAAAUAUUGUGCAGUACUAUGGUUCUGAAACAGUAGACGAUAAACUUUACAUAUAUUUGGAAUAUGUGUCUGGGGGUUCCAUUUAUAAGCUUCUGCAAGAAUAUGGACAAUUCGGUGAAUCAGCGAUCCGAAGUUAUACGCAACAAAUCUUGUCUGGGCUUGCAUAUUUGCAUGCUAAAAAUACCGUGCACAGAGAUAUUAAAGGAGCAAAUAUACUAGUUGACCCAAAUGGACGUGUCAAGCUGGCAGAUUUUGGAAUGGCAAAGCAUAUUACAGGGCAAGCAUGUCCACUGUCCCUCAAAGGAAGUCCAUACUGGAUGGCACCUGAGGUAAUAAAGAAUGCAAACGGGAGCCACCUAGCUGUUGACAUCUGGAGCCUUGGCUGCACUGUUCUGGAAAUGGCUACAACAAAACCACCUUGGAGCCAGUAUGAAGGGGUUGCUGCGAUGUUCAAAAUUGGAAACAGUAAGGAACUCCCCGCAAUCCCUGACCACCUUUCGAAUGAUGGAAAGGACUUUGUGCGGCUGUGUUUGCAGCGGAAUCCAAAUCAUCGUCCAACUGCUGCUCAGCUUUUGGAGCACCGUUUUGUGAAAAAUGCCGCACCUCUGGAAAAGGCAAUUGUAGGUCAUGAGCCAUCUGGUACUCCAACGGGCAUUACAAAAGGAGUAAAUUAUGUGGGUAAAGCUCCUGCGAGGAACAGCCCGGUCUUGGAUUCAGAAAGGCUCGCUGUACAUUCCUCUAGGGUGUCAAAAUCUGGUUUCAAUUUCAGUGAUAUUCAUAUUCCAAGGAACAUAUCAUGCCCAGUCUCUCCAAUCGGAAGCCCUCUUUUACAACCAAGGUCUCCACAACAGUUAAACGGAAGGAUGUCACCCUCACCAAUAUCUAGCCCCCGUACUGCCUCAGGUUCCUCUACCCCUCUCGCAGGGACCAGUGCUGCGAUUCCAUUUCAUAACAUUAAUCAUAUAGUUAACUGGCAAGAGUUACCCAAGCCCCUCCGUAGUCCCUACACUAGUGGCACCACUUCUCAUGAUCCUAAUCCCAAUUUUUUUCGAGGGAUGCCAUUAGGAUCUCAGCCAUUUGUUCUCGCAAAUCAAUUUGGAAGGCCGGCUCAAGGAGAGUUGCAUGAAGGUUAGUGAGUGUUGACUGUUUGUGCCCCAGCAGCUCGAGGGAUAACAUGAGUUUCAAACUAUGACAAGUUCCGAGACCUUGUUCACCAGCAGCGGACCACAUUAAACCUAUUUUGUGCUGGUCAUGGAAUGAAAAACUUGCUAACCAAUAUUAUUAGGGUUAAUAACAUGAUACGUUAACAUAUUAACCGAGUACUUGAAAUCAGUUUGAAUAAGGUGAUCGGAUAUAGGUAAAUAACAUGGAAUCUGGUGGGUUACUUGCAGUAUGUCAGUGUCUAAAUGUGGGUAGUUCACAAAUAAUUUGUGGUUCUGGCAGAUUAAGGGACACUUGCUUGCAGAAUCCGACUAUAUAUUAGGCCAAUGUGUAAAGACAAAAGAGCAAUGUUCUAGGAUGGAGCUUCUUCCUCACAGAUGUCUCCUAAUAAUUUUUUUUUAACUCUUCAUCUGGGCUUGCACAGCUUUAAGGUGUUUAAAAUCUUCACCCCAGCACCGGAGCUCUACUAACCUGUGGUGGCUGUGAAGGUCUGAUUUUCUAAGGGAACAAUGCUGUGUGAUUAAAUUCCUAGUUCAUUGAUAUUAUUGUUUACUGUCAUUGUAGUUGUAGGAGUAUUUGUUAAAGGGGUUCCAAAUGUUCAAUACAGAUAACAGGAAUGUUAUGAAUUUCGAUUUUGGGUUUGAAGCAUAUACAGGUCUCCUCUAGGUGUGGCUUCUCAUCUGCUUCAAGAAAACAUACUAAGCAUAGAACUACCCAGAUUUAUUGAUUGUACACUGAAUAUUCCAGUAAACUUCCAUUCGUAGCUACAUACUGAAUUGAAAGAUGAAAUACAAUACUUUUCAAGUGUA